UUCAUUUAUCAUCACAAAAGUUUCAUCUCGAUCGACUUACUUAUAAUUCUUUUUACUCAUCCUCUUCUGAUAUACAUAAUAUUCUCUGAGUCUUUGAAAUUUGAAGAUAUGGCUCCAGUUGCUACUCAAACCAUGGAUGUAAAGAGCAUCAAAUCGCUUGCGGAAUCACCCGCUCUCUGCUCUGUUCCUUCUGCUUAUGCCUUCAACAUAAACCCCAAUGAUGAAGCAGAUCCAAACGAUCCCGAAUUUGCAAUCCCUAUAGUUGAUAUGUCUCUUCUCACCUCGGGAUCUCCUGAUCAACGCUCCAAAAUAAUCCACGACCUGGUCAAAAUUUGCAAAGAAUGGGGCUUCUUCAUUGCAAUUAACCAUGGAGUCCCAGAGAGUCUAAUGAAGGGGAUGAUUGACGCGUGCCAUGGAUUUUUCAGCCUCCCAGACGAAGAGAAGGAGGAGUUCAAAUCCGGAAAUGAUGUGCUGGACAUGUUCAAGUACGGAACCAGCUACAAUCUUGCAUUAGACAAAGUCCUUCUCUGGAGGGACUUCUUCAAGGUGAGAGUACAUCCCGAGUUCUACUCCCUCUACAAACCGGCUUGCUUCAGUGAGGUUUCAAUGGAGUUCAGCAAGAGAACAAGAGAAGUAGCAUUGGAGAUAACACGCGCAAUCUCCGAAAGUUUGGGACUGGAGCCCAACUACAUACAUGAUGCGAUGAACAUGGAUCGCGGCCUACAAAUGCUCGCCGCCAACUACUAUCCGCCUUGCCCUCAGCCAGAACAUGCAAUUGGUAUACCACAUCACACUGAUCAUGGCCUUGUCACCCUCCUCAUCCAGAAUGAGAUGAAUGGCCUCCAAGUUGAACAUAACGGCAAGUGGCUCACCGUCAGUGGCGCUGCCAACGGUUUCUUUGUCAACCUCGCUGACCAAAUGCAAAUUCUUACUAAUGGCAAAUACAAGAGUGUGAUGCAUCGGGCAACUGUGAACAACAAAGCUACGAGGAUAUCUAUUGCCAUACCACAUGGACCAUCAAUUGAUACACUUAUCGCACCGGCACCGGAGUUACUGGAAAAAGAAGGCCAAGCUCCGAAAUAUGUUGGAAUGAAUUAUAAGGAAUAUAUCCAGCUUCAACAGAGCGGCAAGAACUACAUGAAAUCCACCUUUGAUCACAUACUAGCGUAACUGAGCUUUAUACAGAGUCCCGUGGCUUGGUCACACUUCAAACGAUCUCAACCAUAUUGAAAGAGCUGCAGCCCUUUUGAUUUCUUUUUCUUCGAACUGUUUUAGUCUUUUGUUUCAAUGAUCACGUCAUAUCGGUGUUGGCUUGAUGUGUUGUUAGCACCAAACAGCCUUGUAGUUCAAUAAUAUUAAACAUCGCAGACUAGCAGCUGGCUUCGAUUGAAACCAUUUGCUUGCCCGUUUUGCUUUGUUUUAUAGUGUUGAAGGACGUAACCAUGUGCUUGCCAAAUUUGUUUUGUUAGUUUAAAUAGUCUCAUAUAUAUUCCCAUGUUGGUUUUCGAGUAAAAAUAAAACAAAAAACAUUCCGAUGU